UCAUGUUUGAAAUUAAGAUCUGUUGCAUUGGUGCGGGCUAUGUUGGAGGACCUACAUGUAAUGUCAUCGCUCAUAUGUGCCCUGAAAUCAGGGUAACCGUUGUUGACGUCAAUGAAUCUAGAAUUAAUGCAUGGAACUCUCCUACACUUCCUAUUUAUGAGCCUGGACUGAAAGAAGUGGUCGAAUCCUGCCGAGGAAAGAAUCUGUUUUUUUCUACCAAUAUUGACGAUGCCAUUAAACAAGCUGAUCUUGUAUUUAUUUCUGUGAACACUCCAACAACAAAAACGUAUGGAAUGGGGAAAGGUCGCGCCGCAGAUCUGAAGUAUAUUGAGGCUUGUGCCAGACGCAUUGUGCAAAACUCACAUGGGUACAAAAUUGUGACUGAGAAAAGCACAGUUCCAGUGCGGGCAGCAGAAAGUAUUCGCCGAAUAUUUGAUGCAAACACAAAACCCAACUUGAAUUUACAGGUGCUGUCCAACCCUGAGUUCUUGGCAGAAGGAACAGCCAUCAAGGACCUAAAGAACCCAGACAGAGUACUGAUUGGAGGGGAUGAAACCCCAGAGGGCCAGAGAGCUGUGCAGGCACUGUGUGCUGUGUAUGAGCACUGGGUUCCCAGAGAAAAGAUCCUCACCACUAAUACUUGGUCUUCAGAACUUUCCAAACUGGCAGUAAAUGCUUUUCUUGCCCAGAGGAUCAGCAGCAUUAACUCCAUAAGUGCCCUGUGUGAAGCAACAGGGGCUGAUGUAGAAGAGGUGGCAACAGCCAUUGGAAUGGACCAGAGAAUUGGAAAUAAGUUUCUGAAAGCCAGUGUUGGUUUUGGUGGAAGCUGCUUUCAGAAGGAUGUUCUGAAUUUGGUUUAUCUCUGUGAAGCUCUGAAUUUGCCUGAAGUAGCUCGUUAUUGGCAGCAGGUUAUAGAUAUGAAUGACUACCAGAGAAGGAGAUUUGCUUCCCGGAUUAUAGACAGCUUGUUUAAUACAGUAACUGAUAAGAAGAUAGCUAUUUUGGGAUUUGCAUUCAAAAAGGACAGCGGUGAUACAAGAGAAUCUUCUAGUAUAUAUAUCAGCAAAUAUUUGAUGGAUGAAGGUGCACAUCUCCAUAUAUAUGAUCCAAAAGUACCAAGGGAACAAAUAGUUGUGGAUCUUUCUCACCCAGGAGUUUCACAGGACGACCAAGUGUCCUGGCUCAUGACCAUUUCUAAGGAUCCAUAUAAAGCAUGUGAUGGUGCCCAUGCUGUGGUUAGUUGCACAGAAUGGGACAUGUUUAAGGAACUGGAUUAUGAAUGCAUUCAUAAAAAAAUGCUGAAGCCAGCCUUUAUCUUUGAUGGGCGACGUGUCCUGGAUGGGCUCCAUAAUGAACUACAAACCAUUGGCUUCCAGAUUGAAACAAUUGGAAAAAAGGUGUCUUCAAAGAGAAUUCCGUAUGCUCCUUCUGGAGAAAUUCCAAAGUUUAGUCUUCAGGAUCCACCAAACAAGAAACCCAGAGUAUAGACAUCGCCAUUUUUAUUUGUAAUUUUUUUGGUACUUUAGAAUAGCAGAUAUCUAUCUGAUAUUAAAUGAUAAAUGAACCAAGUGUUUUUAAGGAAACAAAGCUAUUUUUUUAAUAAUCAAAUUUAUACUAGCGGUAUGGGAAUUAGCAUAUCUGGUAUUACGAAUCUAGAAUAUUUUUUACAUAUUUUUAUAAUGUUGUUACCUCAGUGAUUGGAUGAGUGAUAAU